AGGGUAGGCUGCAGGCAGGCAGCUCACUUCCUCCCUUCUCUCCUUCCUUCCUGAUACCUGUGUCUAGAUUUCCUUGCCUGGCACAGCUCUUCCAGGCAACGUGCAGGGCAGUAGGGGCAAUUUCAUGCCUUUAUCAAAAAGUCCCAGUGUCCGGCCGUCCCCAGCCCUCACCAUGUCCAGCCCUCAGGCAGUGGGAAGACCGAGUCCUCUUUCCCGGAAAUGGGCUUGCUGCUCAAAGCCCAAGGCGGUGAUGCCUGCAGGCUGGGGUGUACCUGCCUGGCUGUGCUUUGUGACUCCCUCCCAGGACUUUUGAAGGUCUCGUAAUGGACGCGUAGACACUUCCUGCUCACUGGCUGCCUGUGUGAGUGAUGGUUACUCCAAGGUCAUUCCUGGGCCCGCCAGCCAGUUUCACUGCCCCAGAGCAGCUACUGAGUCUCAAUGGAGACAAUGGCAUUUGUGGCCAGUCAAGCUGCAGGCCAUCCAUUAUGUGCUUGACCAGUAGCCCAGCCCCUCCCCACCAGGACCUGUCUGCAGCUAUGGCUGGGCACCUGAGGGUGGUUCUUCUUUUCUUCCCAGAUCCGGCAUUUCUUUCUGAGUAUUUUUCCCAGAACUCACAGACGCUGUCCUUCUACAGUUGGUAUGGAAGUGCCAAAAUUUUCCGUUUCCGUAUUCCAGAGGACACAGUGCUGUUGCGAUGGCUCCUGCAGGCUUCCAGAGACAAAGGCCCUGAAUGUGGCAAGACUCAGGUCACCUUCCACAUCCGCUAUGGUGCCCCUCCAGUCAUCAAUCCCCUGGGCACACAGUUUCCUAUGAACACAAGCGUCCCUCCUUCCUUCAGCCAGACUCUGACCUUGGAUGCUGCCCUGCAGAAUAGCACUUUUGUUAACCUCACUAACCCGGCUGCUGGGGACUGGUUUCUUGCUGCCCACCUGCCUGCAGCAUCAAGCAAGAUUGAGAUGAAGGGCUUCUCCAGGUCUUGCAGCUACACCUUCCAGCCUGACCUGUUUGUGCUGCGCCAGGUCGACGUUGUAGUCCUUGAGCCUGAUGUUCCUGUGCAACAGGUUCUGUCCAAGGGGGCUAGUAGGCCACUUCAUGCCAAGAUCUUUGUCCCCGAAUACACUGCUGGGAUGCACUUUGAGCUGGGGAAAUGCAUGGAGAAUGGCUCUGCUGCGGCUUGUGGCCUCCGGGUCACCUUGGGUUCGGCUGUACUCUCUUGGUCUUCCCAGAAGGUGCUUCACUGCCUGGAGGCCUGCAGCAUCUUCUUGGCUUCCCCACCAUGGGGAAGGUGGCUUUGGAUCACAGUGGAGAGCCUUGGUGGUGCCAGCGCCAGUGUGUCCUUUCAGAUGGUGGUGUUCUUCAUAGCAUGCAAGCCAGGAGACGCGGCCUCCUUCCUUGGCUUCUACCAGAGCUUGAAGCAGAACCAGGGGAUGGUGAUGCCGGGAAGCCACCUCAACAGCACACUGCUUACCAUGGGCAGCAGCCACAAUGUCUCUGGCCCAGGAAACACCUGCCUACAUGGCCAGCCGAUUGUCCGCGAGGAGCUGGACGUGGUGUCUGUGCGCUUCCGCAUUCUUGGAGAUUCCACAGUAACCGUUCAGAGCGAUAUUCCCACUCUGCUGCUCCUUAACCUAAACUCAGGCAUGGAUAGUGGAGGGAACCUGGUGCUGAACCUGAUGCUGAACCAGACUUCUGCGGGCCUUGGAAAUGCCACUGUGUUGGCCUGCUUGAGCCCUAUGUCUCCUGCACUUUCCCUGAAUGGCUCCCGGGGCUGUUGGACAGCCUUUGCUCAGGGCUACCUCCUGAACGUGAGCAUGUCCUCCAGGGAAGCUGCAGUCAUCGUCCCUUACCCACAGUCCGACAGCUGGUAUCUGUCCCUGAAGCUGCUCUGCCCAAAGCAAUCAGAAGGCUGUGAUCAAGCUCAAGGCCAGGUAGCCAUGCUUGCCUACCUCACCCCCUGCUUUGACGAUUGUGGGACCUACGGACAGUGCAGCCUCAUGAGGCGUCAUGGCUAUCUCUACACUGGCUGCAUCUGCAAGGCUGGUUGGGCUGGCUGGGGCUGCACAGAUGGAACCAAAGCCCAGUCUGUAGGCACCCAGAUCCUGGCCACCCUCUUGCUCACUCUCAGCAACCUGUUCUUCCUGCCAGCAAUCGCUGUGGCCCUUUACCACUAUCACCUAGUUGAGGCCUCCGUCUAUACCUUCACCAUGUUCUUUUCCACAUUCUACCAUGCUUGUGACCAGUCUGGCAUUGCUGUAAUGUGCAUUAUGGACUACGACACACUGCAGUUCUGUGACUUUCUGGGCUCUGUUGUCUCCAUCUGGGUGACCAUUCUGUGCAUGGCACAGGUCAAGAAGAUCCUGAAAUAUGUACUCUGCAUGCUAGGGACUCUGGUCAUCGCAAUGUCACUACAGCUGGACCGCAGGGGUGUGUGGAACAUGAUGGGCCCUUGUGUCUUUGCCCUCACUGUCAUGGCCAGCCUUUGGGUCUAUCGUGGAAUCUCCCGGCGCCACUGCUACCCUCCCUCUUGGAAACGCUGGGUCUUUUUCCUCUUCCCCGGGACCAGCUUGGCACUCGUGGCCAUAGCAGUGUACACCUUCAUGGAAACCACUGAAAAUUACUAUUACACCCACAGCAUCUGGCACAUCCUGGUGGCAAGCAGUGUGGCCUUCCUCCUUCCUCCUGGAGAUAAGCAGAAAGACCCAUGGGCCUGGUCCCGUAAACUGCUGUGCCAUUACCAAAUCUGUAGGAAUGACCAGGAGGAACUCUACACAGUAAGGUAGAGUUGGAAAAGGAGAGCUGAUGCAUCCACACUCCCUCCCAAUGGAAUCACUUAAUUUGGCAGGAGGAACGUGAACCCUGUGAACAUUCCUGCUGCUGUGCUGGAGGGAAAUGAAGGCGGCC